AUGUGCAUUGAAUUCUGGCAUUCGAUAUUUACAACAUUUAACUACAUAGUCUGUUCAACACCGUCUGAUGUGGAUUGCUUACUUUCACAGCUAAUCCAAUGGAGAGCAAACGAGAAGCAAGUGGAGAUCCCGGAAAAGGAAAAAACGAAAUUCAACUCCUACCUACUCGAUCCGGAUCAGGUGGAUAGUGUGGACCCGGACUCCAACGAUACCCGAAUAUCACGUGCCAUACUGACUUUGAAACCGACCGACGUUCGAAUUGCGCGAGCUGGCGGAAUUAUUGUGGCCGUAAAGAAAGCAGCUGCAGCUCUCAUGAGCCUGACGCCCGAGUUGAUCGAUGAAAUCCAAAUGAUUCGGAAAUUCGAGCAUCCCAAUCUGACCGAAUUGGUGGGAAUUAGUGUGGAAACCUCAUACGUUCAUUUCUACUGGGAGUAUUGUCCAAAAGCCAGUUUGGGUUCCAUAAUACGAAGAAUGGCUUUACCUUUGAACUGGACAUUUCGUCUGUCAUUGCUUACCGACAUUGCAAAUGGCCUGAUGUUCUUACAUAAACAUGGAAUCAUACAUGGACGUUUGAGUUCUAACAACUGUGUGGUUGACGGUAACUGGACGUGUAAAAUCACAGAUUGUCCGGAUCUGAUGGAAGUUCCGGAAAUGGAUAUUUACAGUUUCGGCACACUCAUGUCCGAGAUCGCUUUACGUACGGAUUUUCAUAAAGUGAGUCCAGCUAACCUCUCUUCCGCCGCCCCGUUUUCCUCCCUCUUGGACUCAGUUCUUCAUGCUUUUAAGCGUCAAGGUCCAAUCAUCCAAUAA